AUGGGCCUCAGGGAGCGUCGCCGUCGUCUUCUUGGUGCGUACAUGGUGGCGGCGGUGAGGCGUCCAAGCCGUGCCCAGCUCGGUGCGCUCGUCGACGGAGAACGGCAAACACAUAGCCACCUUGCUGCCACUGCUACAAGUGAUGAAGAAACAAGAACAUUGGAGACUCUGAGGACGGGUCGCCCCACAAAUGCUCACCUUGCUGCCAUGGUUGCAAGUGAAGAAAAAAGAGGAUUGGAGACUCUGAUGAUGGGUCGCCCCACAAAUCCUCUGCAUACCUCGCCAACAGUAGCGGGGAAAUUCACGAUGGAGGCCCCGUGCAAGCUCGGCAACAUGUUAGAUGCGAGCCCGAUUCACAAUUCCCGUGGGAUGCACGACCCAGUGGAGGUCGAGGGACUCCUCUGCUCCGAUGCCCCUUCUGAGAUCCGUCCUCGUGCUCAGCUCACUGGUGCGGCACUCAUCGAUGGAGAACGGCGAACCCAUCGCCGCGCUGUCUCUCAGCUCCGCGACCCAUCAGGUGCAUUGGCCUCAUGGAGGGACGACUCCCCUGUGUUCUGCAAGUGGCAUGGGGUGACAUGCCGCAGCAGACAGCAGGCAUCUCAAGUCACUGCACUGGAUCUCGAAUCCGAGAACAUCGCUGGCAAUAUAUUCCCUUGCGUUGCCAACCUCAGCUUCCUUGAAAGGAUCCACAUGCCCAACAACCAGCUCGAUGGCCAGACUUCUCCUGACAUCAGCCGGCUAACCCAGCUUCAGUACCUCAACCUCAGCAUGAACUCCCUUCGCGGUGAGAUACCAGAGGCAAUAUCCGCAUGUUCACGUCUUGAGACAAUCGACCUUGAUAGCAAUUCCCUCCAAGGUGAGAUCCCUCCAAGCCUUGCUCGGUGCUCAUCCCUUCAGACUGUUAUUCUUGGCUACAACGAUCUUCAGGGAAGCAUCCCUCCACAGCUUGGCCUGCUUCCCAGUCUCUACACGCUGUUUCUCCCCAGCAAUAAUCUCACAGGAAGCAUUCCUGAAUUUCUUGGGCAGAGCAAAAACCUGACAUGGGUGAAUCUUCAGAAUAACAGCCUUACUGGUGGGAUACCCCGUGCUCUGUUCAACUGCACGUCUCUUUAUUACAUAGAUCUCUCACACAAUGCUCUUUCCGGGUCUGUCCCGCCUUUCUUGCAGGCAUCUUCCUUUGCACUGUAUUACCUUAGCUUAUACCAAAAUAAUCUCUCUGGAGAGAUUCCUAGCUCACUUAGUAAUCUUUCCUCCCUAGCUUUCUUACUGCUUUCCUAUAACAGUUUACAAGGGAUGAUUCCAGAGAGCUUAGGUAAGCUUAAAACCCUGCAAGCACUAGACCUCAGCUAUAACAACUUGUCAGGCACCAUUGCACCUGCACUUUAUAACAUCUCCUCCCUUACUUUUCUUGGACUUGGGGCCAACCAACUUGUCGGUACGCUUCCCGCCAGUAUCGGCAACACCCUUACAAGCAUCACACAGUUGAUAUUGGAAGGGAGCAGGUUUGAAGGUCCAAUUCCAGCUUCACUGGCCAAUGCCACAAAAUUGCAAUAUCUAGAUCUCCGUAGCAACGCAUUCACAGGUGUUAUUCCUUCACUGGGAUCCCUGACCUUGUUGAGUUACCUAGAUCUAGGUGCAAAUAGGCUUGAAGCUGGAGAUUGGUCCUUCAUGUCCUCUCUAGUCAACUGCACACAGUUAAAGAAUUUAUGGUUAGAUAGAAACAACCUCCAAGACACGCUUGGGAACCUCCAAAACCUGUCCAUUCUGACCAUAUCCAAAAACCAACUUUCUGGAGAAAUCCCAAGAUCAAUUGGGAAGUUAGAGCAGCUUACUGAACUCCUUUUCGAGGAAAAUAAUUUGACCGGGCUCAUACCUUCUAGUUUAGAGGGCUGCAAACAACUGACAACACUCAAUCUUUCUUCCAAUAGCUUGUACGGAGGCAUUCCACGGGAACUGUUUUCGAUAUCUACACUUUCUGUUGGCUUCGACUUGUCCAAUAACAAACUCACUGGAGACAUACCACUUGAGAUUGGUGGAUUGAUCAAUCUGAAUUCACUUAGUCUUUCCAACAAUCGAUUAUCAGGUGAGAUCCCCUCCACACUUGGUCAGUGCCUUCUUUUGGAGUCACUCCAUUUAGAAGCAAAUAAUCUGCAAGGAAGCAUCCCAGAUUCUUUCAUCAACUUAAAAGGCAUCACUUUGAUGGAUCUUUCACAGAAUAACUUGUCUGGUAGAAUUCCUGAACUUUUGGAGUCACUUAGCUCUUUACAGAUUCUAAAUCUAUCCUUCAAUGACCUUGAGGGCCCUGUCCCUGGAGGCGGCAUCUUUGCUAAACCAAAUGAAGUGUACAUCCAAGGAAACAAUAAGUUGUGUGCAACGUCUCCUGAUCUACAUGUACCACUGUGCUUGACAUCAAGACCCCAAAGAAAGAAGCAUGCCUACAUUUUAGCUGUUCUGGUUUCACUUGCUAGUGUAGCUGCAGUCACAAUGCCAUGUGUUGCUGUCAUUAUUUUGAAGAAGAGAAGGAAAGGAAAGCAGCUAACCAACCAAUCAUUAAAGAAGCUAAAGAAUUUCUCGUAUGGUGAUUUAUUCAAAGCAGCAGAUGGUUUCUCUCCUAACAGUCUUGUUGGAUCCGGAAGAUUUGGAUUGGUGUACAAAGGUCAAUUCAAGGUUGAAGAAUGUGCAGUUGCCAUAAAGGUAUUCAGGCUCGACCAAUUUGGAGCACCAAGCAACUUCCUUUCUGAAUGUGAGGCAUUGAGAAACAUUCGCCAUCGGAAUCUUAUAAGAGUGAUUAGUGUAUGUUCAACGUUUGAUCCAACUGGAAAUGAAUUCAAAGCACUCAUUCUUGAGUACAUGGUAAAUGGUAACCUAGAAAGCUGGCUCCAUCAGAAAGAGUACACAAAAAACACAAAAAGACCAUUGAGUUUAGGCACACGAAUAGCAAUAGCUGUGGAUAUUGCUGCUGCAUUGGACUAUCUUCAUAAUCGAUGCACUCCUCCUUUGGUACACCGUGAUCUGAAACCAAGCAAUGUCCUUUUGAAUGAUGAAAUGGUUGCAUCUCUCAGUGAUUUCGGUCUUGCAAAGUUUCUUUCUGUUGACUUCUCAACAGGAUUCAAUAAUUCAUUGAUUGCUUUAGGACCAAGAGGAUCUAUCGGUUACAUUGCACCAGAGUAUGGCGUGGGGUGCAAAAUCUCAGUUGAGGGUGACAUCUACAGCUAUGGAAUUAUUCUGCUGGAGAUUAUUACAGGAAGGCGACCAACUGAUGACAUGUUUAAGGAUGGUGUAAACAUCCGCAACUUUGUGGAGUCAUCACUUCCACUGAAUAUCCAUAACAUUUUAGAAGGUGAGGACGGAGGACAGGAAAUGGUUGAAAUGCAGCACUGUGCCAUGCAACUCGCAAAUCUUGGUCUAAAAUGUUCUGAGAUGUCACCCAAGGAUCGGCCAAGAACAGAGGAGGUUUAUGCUGAAAUGUUGGCCAUCAAAGAAGAAUUUUCAACAUUGUGCUCAUUGGGAAGUGUAUCUAUGUUACUGUAA